AAAAGGAAAUUAAAGAUUAUUGUGAAGAAUUGGCCGGCAAAUUAAAACAAUCCGGUUUACGAGUAAAAAUAUUCACCAAAAAAAAAUUAAAAGACCGCAUUCGGCAAAUGUAUCAAAAAAAAAUACCUUAUUAUUUAGUAAUAGGCCAGGAGGAAGUAGAAGCCAAAAAAAAUCCUAACCAAGAGACAAAAAUGAAAUUAAUGCAUACUUAUGAAGGAGGAAAAGCAGAAGAAUUGACCGAAAAAGAAUU